CCUGUCAACCCAAAAGGUCAAGUCUUCUCCUUCCUCGCUCGCUGAACUCCCCAAAACAACCACCAACAUGUCUGACUCUCAAGAAGUGGGCGUCGUGCUGGCCUUUGACCUGCCCGUCAACCUGGCUAAGAUCGGCACCGGGUACCUCCAAGACAACCCGAUCGCCGGCUUCCUCAUCUCCCUGCUGGCCUUCUUCGUGCUCAUGGCGGUCCUGGCGGUACCCAUCUCGGCGCUCUUCGGCAUCGAGAUCUUCCCUGGACUCCUGCCGCAUGCUAGGUCCUUGGGCGGCGAGCUGAACUUAUCCACGAUGCUGAACAACUUCAUGGGAUCCAAAGUUGUGACGGACUUCUUGGACGAGCCUCUUGAAGACUUCGUGGACCGGAUCAUAGGCAACCGGCAAUCCCGAGCUGUAGACACCGUUGGCACCUUCGUCGGGCGUGCUGCCAGUGCCAUGGCUCCCUUGGUGUCGGUCUUGGACUACGACAAUGCCUUCGUUGCUGUGCAGGUGCCAGGAGACGAGUGCCGCCAGCGCCUCAUGUGCCACGUCCAUACCCAGGUGGCACGUCUUCCUCCGCUCCUCCAGGAAGCCUACGGAUGGGUCGGGCCACACAUGCAGCACCAGCAACGCUAUUCCAGCGCCAUUCUGACUGGCUUGUCGGGUGGGGACUGCAAGCGGGCGUUCCCUGACUGUCCUUAUAACGUGAUCCAAAUGGCGUCGUUCGUGCCUUUCCUCAAGAACAAGAACGUGAAGAACGAGCUGUAAAAGGUGUUAUAGGGAGCUGUUGGUGGGAAUGAACACUGAAUGAUUGUGAUAUUGAUUUCGUUGAGUUCACGGAAC